GAAGCUCAAAAUUAACAAUACUAUGGGUUUAAUGUCAUUCUGGAUUAGGUCGUUUCCAUCUUUGACUAUUCAACAUCAAUGUCUCCACCAUUGUUAGAAGAAAAAAAAUUCUCAACUCUCUACCUCUUACCUCUUGUGUCUCUUCAUCCCCUUCUUUUCCUCCCCUCCUGUUGAGCAUUUCUCCCUUAAUCCAAACAAUGAAUUUGCGGUUUACAUUAAACCUAUUAACUUCCACGACCUCUCCGUCUCCCUUGAUACGUAUUAAAUUCGAUUAAUGCCUCAACCCCUAUAAAUAGGAUAUGAUUGAGACUGGAAUCAAUCUUCACUCGAAAACCUAGAAAGCUCUUUUGAAAAUGGCUUCAUCAGAUGUUGGGUUUGUUCAAUCAGCCCUCAGCCAGUUUGAUGCUCUCACACAGCAACGACCAGACAGAGGAAGCUGAUUUCAUUUUGUAAGGCUUGGAUUGUUUGUCUCCUCAAACAAGUCUUGUCUCCUCAAACAAGUCUUGCACCAGUUGCAGCAGGAAACGACAGAUACGAUACCAUGUAUUUUUUUUUACCUUUAUCAAUGAAUCCAUGGAACUCUUUACCUUCUUCUGUCAAUACAUCGCCCCUUCUUAACUCAGAUCAUCAUAAAUGAUUUCAUUUCGUAAUCGCUUCCAGUGUAUUCGCUAUAUAUAGUUCACUUCACAAGCCAGAGUCACUGAUCUCAUAUCUGUAAGCAAGAUCACAACAAAGCCAUUGGGCUUGUCUGAAGGAAGAAGCAAAUGCCCAGAUCAUGACAAGUCCACACACAGCUCAUAAUCUGAGUCAAAAGCAGCAACAAUCAUACUAACCAAAAGCUAGGUAUCCACAUCAUCAAUUUGAGCGCUGGCAGGACGACACGUGGCACCUCCAGUCGGCGUUUCAUUAAACUGAUUAGGGCUGGGCAAAAAAUUCGAACCCGAAAAACCGAACCGAACCCGAUCCGAAAAAGUAGCACCGAAUCCGAACCAAAAUUGAUUAAAUAUCCGAACGGGUUCAAAAUUUCGGUAUUUAAAAAACCGAAACCGAACCCGAUCCGAACCGAAAUAUUUUGGGUACCCGAAUGUAUCCGAAAUAAAUUUAUAUACUUAAAUAUAUACAUUAUUUUUAUAUAUAAUGUAUAUUAAAAAUAUUAAAAAUAUAUAAGAUACCUUUAAGUUUUCCAAAAUACUCGGAAAAUAUAUGCAAAUAGUCAAAAGUAAAUGUUUAAAAUAGCUAAAGUAUACUGAAAACACCAAAAUAGUUAAAUAUCUAUUGAUUCUUUAUCCAAAUAUUCAAAGAAAACCAAUUUAUAUAUUAAAUUAAGGUAUUUUGACAUAUAUGUUAUGAAAAUUUAUAGGUAAUAUAUUAUCUUUCUUAUAGAUUUUGAAAAUUUAAAGUAUAUAAUGAAUUUUGAAAAUUUAAAAACAUUUUAAAUGGGUUAUCUGAACCCAAACCUAACCCGCAAAGAUCCGAACCGAACCCGAACCGAAAUUUAGAAAUAUCCGAAUGGGUCUGAAAUCUUUGACCCUGAAAACCCGAACCCGAAUGGACUGAACCGAAACCCGAAUGGGUACCCGAACGCCCAGCCCUAAAACUGAUUGUCGUGAUGGGCUUCUGUGUUUUGUGCAUCAUCUAUUACAUAUUAUCAUAGGCUUUCUGUUUGCUUUGCCUGAUGGGCUCAAACUUUGUCACUCUCAUCUUCUCUAACCUAGCUGCACGACUUUUUUUUUCUCUUCAUCUCUGCGGCGGUGAUGCAUGACGUCUGAGCUCCUUCUCCAUGGCUGAAACGUCCGGCGUUGAAACUCCAUCAUUACUCCAAUUGAUUCCAUCGCCCACUACGAUGUAUUUAAUGCGUCUGUCGUUGCUCCUAGGCGGUGUGUAAUCUGUUGCUAUAAAUAGAGUUUUUUUCCUCCGACUUGAGGUCCGGCCAAGUCCGGCCGGUGCUCCUCCGGGACGAUGUACUCCCUCUCCGGUUUUGAUGUUGCACGAUGUGCUCAGAACUUCCACCUUUCCGAAAACACAGGCUCUGGGCUUAUAGCGUGAAAAUUCAUGACUUCCAUGUUUAUUAAAACAGUAACGUUUUCUAAACAGCAAAGACUCUAAACAUCAAACAUGGCAGUCAGUUAUUUAAGGCGUGGUGUAAACGAGCAAGGCAGCGUAGCCAAUGAAGUUGAGAUAGAGCAGAUUGUAUCCAAAGAGGUUCCUGAGGGGAAGAAAAUCCCUAUUACAUCAGAUUGUGCAGGUUCGGAAGCACACACCAAGAUGUUCAGUGCCCUGAGAGGUGAGUGGAACAUGAUGAUGAAACACCGUGACAUCAUCACAGCUGUUCGUCUUCAUUACAACAACGCUUAUCAGGACGGCGAAAAGCAGAACGCCAUCUAUGUGUUCUUGGGGAAAUCAGGGCCUCAAUUGGGAAGGCAAGCCCCGUGGAAGUUAGGUUAUGACCAACACAAUGCUCGAAGAUCCCGAACAUUAUCUUUCUUUUUUUAUGGCUAAUCCUGAACAUUAUCUUCUAUCGUGAUCAUUUACGAAUUUAUGUAAGUGAAGCCAGUAAAUUUUGCAAGUAAA